AAAAGAACAACAAAAGUACGAUUCGCGGAUUGCUCAUCGACAGAUGGAAAAUCAUCGUCUGCUCUGGUAUCGGUGAAGUUAAUUUCCCUUAAAAAUAAAUAUUUUUAGAUCUAAUCCAUCUUGAAAAAUGUCAAAAUAAUUCGAGAAUAAUACGAGUUAGUUCGUGGCGGUAUUGUGUGAUCUUUUCCGUAUCAUGUGCUUUACAAGUCGCAAAAAGUGUUGAAAAUGCCGGAGGAAAAAUUAUGCCUAAAUUCAAGCUCUAUCUGUUUCAUUUAUGUAUGUGGCUUAAAAAAUCUGUGCAAGUGCUUUGGAACAAGCCCUUGUAAAUACAUAGUGGGAAAUACAUACAUAAAAGGAAUCAAAAGAAAUGAAAAUCUAAGCGGAGAAAAGCACUCCGAGUGACAAAUAAGAAGCGGAAAAGAUACGAUCGAGUCGCCCUCGGCCUCGAGCAAACAAACGCAAGGACCGAGAGAAAGAGAAUACAGCGCAGUGAUCAUCCCGAACCAUUUUGGUUUGUGAAGGAGGAUCUCAGAUUGUCCAUCGCCGCUGCUUUCCUCUACCGCCACAACAUCACCACACUAAGUGUUCACAAACAGCAGCAUUAUGGACAACUCGCAAACACAGUCCACCGUUCAGGCACAGUAUUCCUUCAAAGGAUCGAACAAUGAUGAGCUAUGUUUCGAUAAAGGCGACAUUAUCACACUGACCCAGCGUGAAGAGGGAGGCUGGUGGGAAGGUACCCUUGGCGACAAGACGGGCUGGUUCCCGAGCAAUUACGUCAAGGAGUAUGCUGGCCCACUGCCUUUAUCGGAAACGAUACGUCCACCAGAAGAUAUUCAAGCAUUUAGAUCGGUUGUGUUUCGUGAUCUAUUAGAAAGCGAAAGAGCGCAUGUCGCUGAGCUUCGGGGAAUGGUUGAGAAUUUCUUAGAACCAUUACAGAGUAGCCAAAUUUUGAACUUGGAUGAAUAUACACAGUUGAUGUGUAAUUUUGUCGAGAUUGUUGAAAUGCAUGAAGAAUUUCUUCAAAACCUUGAAGACUCAAAUGACCGUGUUGGAAAAGUAUUCCUCACGAAAGCGCCCGUCAUGAAGAAGGUUCAUCAAUGUUAUUGUGCGGCCCAUCCCCGAGCCAUCAUUAUAGUUGAUAAAUAUCGCGAUGAAUUGAACGUGUUUAUGGAAAAGCAGGGAGCAGCAAAACCCGGUCUUCUGGUGCUUACGACUGGUUUAUCGAAACCGUUCCGUCGUUUGGACAAAUAUUCUGCCAUUUUACAGGAGCUCGAAAGACACAUGGAAAGCUGUCAUCCUGAUCGCGGUGACACGCAACGAAGCAUAGCAGUCUACAAGGACAUAGCUUCGUCAUGUUCAGCAACUCGCAGACAGAAGGAGCUAGAACUACAAAUUCUAACCGGACCUAUCCGCGGGUGGCAGGGUCAAGAACUCAGCACUCUGGGAGAAAUAAUCCACAUGGGUAGCGUUGCCGUUGGUCCUGAACACAAAGAUCGCUAUUUUGUUCUUUUUCCACACACCUUGCUCAUUCUGAGUGUUAGUCAGAGGAUGAGUGCGUUUAAAUAUGAAGGAAAACUUCCUCUAACCGGUAUUAGUGUAAAUCGUUUGGAGGAUUCUGAGCAAUUGAAAAAUGCGUUUGAAGUUACGGGAUCGCUGAUUGACCGAAUCGUGGCCGUCUGUCAAGGACCAAACGAAGCUAACAAAUGGGUCGAUCUACUUGGCGCCAAGCUGUCUGGAGUAGUUGAUGGUCAACCGGGAAAGGAUAUGAAACGGAUUGUGAGCAGUUCUGCCGUCAACAUCCCGCAACCGCCACCCCAUAGUAGAGAAAUGCUCGAUUCACGUGGAUAUUGCACCCGUGUGUCCGUAUGUGCAUACAGUCAGAACUACCAGCCGACUUUUCCGCCGAAUUCUUAUCCGCCAACGGCACCGUACGCUGCUCUUACUUCCUUUUUCCGGUAUAUGUUCAAGGCUGGCUCCAUAUCGCGCUACGUUGUACAAGCUUUGCUCUAUCCGCAAAUUACUCAGGAUAUUGACUUUAGCGGAGUUGUAAUGCGUCGGAAAUAUCGAACUACCGUUCGAAUGUAUCGACGGGACCAGGAAGCGGAGAAGAAGAAAGAAGAAGAAAUUAGCGAAGAAGAGUCAGAAGAUGAUUCUUGUACUUCGUCGUGCUCAGGUAGAUCCAAUAAUUUGGAACGCCAGAAUGCGGUUGAUUAUGGUGAUGAUCAUCCGUAUGAAGCGAUUGCCUUUUCCACUGACAGGAAAAACGAAAGUACUGCUAGAGAAAGCACGAUUUACGAAAGCUACAUUGGUCAGUCGGGAGAAGCGGAAGGGUCGAAUGAAUCCUUUUUCUUUAUUCGAGGUCAAGCGGUGAGCGAGGAAAGAAAGAGUAUCGACAGUCAUGGUUCACAUAUCAUUGGUUCAAAAGCGAUUCCCUGCUUGAAACUAAAUGACAACGAGUCAUUUGACAGUGGUGGGGGUAGAGGAAAUGGUGGCCUAGGCUCUGUACAUACCACUACCGCACGCUUGCAUCUUGGGGAGAUCCAGCAGCAAUGUUCGGAGCAGUCCCAAGUAUCUAGUUUUGAGCAUAGAGUAGGACAUGGUCGUAUGGCGUGUGAGGAUUUAGUGAAUUUAGAUGAUUCCAUGAAGAUUAAGCAUUCGCUUCAACAGAAACCAAUAAUCGAGGAAAGGCACAGCAUGCCCACAUUAUUUGUCGGGAAUCGUUUUGCCAAUUCUUCUAUAACCGAGAUCUAUAUUCCUUCCUGGAAGGAUCAACAAGAAAUACAACAGCAACAACAGAAGCAGAAGCCCGUUGAUAGUCCUGCCGUUAAUCGCACCAGUGUACAUUCCAGUUCGCUCGAUAUUCCUGCAUCAGAAACAUCCAUUUCCGUACCGGAUAAUGUCUCUGCUGAGCUGCUAUACAACUUCCACAACUCGAUAUCUGGAUCCUCACCUGUUGCGUCAUCUAAUAUCCCUUCACCAUCAGAAGACUUCCUUAUUCACAGUCCCGAUAUAGGCUGCUUGUCCCGUGAGAUGUCACCAUUCCGUAAGCAUUCAAUUAAUUCCGAUAAAAAACUUCUGCUAAAUCAAGCUCAUCCCAGUAAGGGCACUAGUGAGGAUCGAACACCUGGUCAGUCUAGCAGGAGGUGUGUGAGUUACCAAUAUGUGAACCUUGGACUCGUGGACCAGCGAAUCGGAACCGAUGCUAGUGAUGGUAAUAAAAGUCGUAAGGACGAAACAACCCAUCAAAACGUGGAUCCCAAUAAAAACCAGCGUCAGCAAGAUCACUAUUCAAAAUGUCGCUUUUGUAGUACUAGUAGCGGAUCACAUUACCACAGUCCGCGUUCGAGUGAUUCAGGUAUGGCCGGUAGUUGUACGAUAUCCUCACCUGAUCCUCCUAAAUUAUCGGGCGAUUUUCUCCUUUACGAUUCAGAACAUCCAGAUCAUGUCACUUCAUCUACUGGAAGUAAAAGCGAACACAAUGAUGCUGGCAUAGACAAUCCUUUGCGGCAUUCACGUUCGAGUCAUAAUAUCGGACGGUUCGCCUUACAUCGGGAUAGUGAGCUCAACUAUACCGAUAGUGGCCAGUUUGAUCAAACCAAUACAUUUCAUGAUGAUCAUCAUCGGAAUAACACCCUGCGAAGCGAGGAUUCCGAGCUGGAUCCAAUGAAAUUCAUUCGAAGUAGAAGUGAAGAACGACAUUCGAGUGACGAAGAAGAAUUUACGAAGAAAGAAUACAGCGGUAAAAGCCGAAUAGUCGUAAACCUGUACGGAUAUCGAAGAACAUUUGAACCAAAUGAUAAUGGAAUCCUGAACAAACCAAGUGAUCAACCACAAGAACGAACAAUUUAUAAGACUGGACUGUAUGCACAUUGGUGGAAGAAAGAAAAGUUACCCAUCUUCGUAGUUAACCAUUGCGAUGAGAAAAUUACAAGCGCUAAUGAAAACAGGGGAACAACUGGUACGAAUUGUGAUCGUGCUGAUGCCGUUCGGGGUUCAGAUGUCCCCUCCAACAUCCGGCAGCAGUCAUCCAUCACGUGGGAGCUCCAUCACACAGCACAUGUCGCAACACAAACGCAGUCAGUCGUUCAAUCAUCAUCUGAGCUACAACCAGGUACAGCAUCAACAAAACCAAAAGCAGCUGCUGGCGAACUUCGCAAGCCGGAACUCCGAGCAAAGCCAUCAACAACCGGUGCCAAACCUAAAGGGUAUCAAGGAAAAAGCUAAUUGGAAAAUCACCAACUUACGACCAGCCCCUUCUCUGCGGCCGGCUCUUUUGAAUGGUGGAAAUAUUGGUACCGGGGGCGGUGG